UCUCCUCCAAUAAGGGCGCUUGCUAGGGUGUCUGGACAACAAAACAAAGAUCAGCUGACGCGGUGCGACGCAGUACUGAGGCAGGCACAAAUUUUACAGCCUAGUCGCCCUAAAUCUCGACGAGAAUGAAUUUGUAACAUUUAUUAACUAAUCAUGUCUGGAGAAAGUGGACGUCAUUCUCGACCUGUGGUGGGUCAGCAGGUUCGUCCAGAGCCAGUUGUGGAGAAGACCUUUGUGGAGAAUGUGGCAGGAUUCAUCAAUGAAUCUGCUGUGAUGCAUCUUCCUAGGAACUCCCAGGAUGAGUGGCUGCAGCACAAGACUCUCCACUUGAUCCUGUCUGAGCCAAAGCACGUCACUCCACAGACGUAUAACAAUCCUUCACAUUAUGAAGGGAAGGAAACAAUUCUGUGGGUUCGCUUUGACUACUGUGAUAUAAAUGACUUAGCUCGGUUCAGAGACAAAAUAGAAGUCAAUGGCAACUCUCCUCCACUCAUUCUGAUAGUGGGAUAUGCCUGUGGUGUGCAGGCUUGGGUGAUACCUGUCAAUGGUGAGGCUGUGGAAGUCUUGUCAUGGCGGCAGGGAGCAGUGCGCGUCCUGAAGGUAUUGCCAACGCCAAUUACCUCAGCCAGCAGUGUGGACCAUUACUCCCUUAAGCGGCCCAUAAUUGCCCUCUGUGAUACUGCUGGUCCAGGCCCUCACUUCUGUUCAGUUUCUUUCAUCUCACUUAAGACAGGAGAACAGGUGAAGAUCAUAAAGUUCAAGCAUCCAGUUCAUGAUAUUCAAGCCAAUAAGAAUAUUGUUGUUAUAACCUUCCUGGAGAAGCUGGCAGUGUUUGAUGCAUCAACUUUAGAAGAUACCUUUACUGUCACCACUUGUUACCCUAGCCCAGGUCCAAGGUAUUUAUGUUUGCUACUUUACCAUUGAAAAAAAUUGAUAUGA